AUGACCAUCGCUGCCAUCGCGAGCGCCGAGGAUGCCCAGGUCUUAAUGGCGCGGCACCUGGACGCAGAUUGCCUCAACAUGGGUCUGAUCUACAUCCAGGCAUCGGCUCGCGCGGCCAAGUGGUACAGCCAGUACCUCGACUGGCUGCACCUGCACCCCUUCGAGCGAGAGCAGCGCGGGAUGAACUCGCUGCUGGGUUUCACGAAGCAGCGAGUCUCGUUCCCGCCGGAGGAGAUGCCUCAGCUGAAGGUCGUGGCGCUCGACGACGCCAACGAGUUCGCCAGCAGCCGGGGCGGCUGGCUGGGCGACUGGAGCCGCCUGCGGUUCUUCCACUGGGUGAACCCGUCGGAGACGGCCUCGCACUGGAGCGACGUCAAGGUGGGGGACCUGACCGCGCUCUACGAGGCCGCCCUCCACCCAGCGACGGACAUUCUCGGAGCAGGCGGAUCCAUGGCUCGCGUCCUGGCGGGCGCAGGGCCCGGCUCACUGCUGCGCCCCGUGCGCGACCUCAUGGACUCCAUGCGCGUGGCCGAGGCGCCGCCGCGGCGCGAGUGUUGGUAG